AUGGAAAACAUCGGCGAGGAAUAUGACCGGCUCAUUGAACACCUCCACGACUGCACGAAGAAGACUCAGAGUUUGGAGACCACCAAGGGACGCCUGUCUCUUGAAACUCUCGAGCUGAUACGCCAGCGUGGAGCAGCACGAACCGCAGGGAACCGAGAACUCACGUUCGAGCUCUCAAGGCUUUGCAGAGAGGCGAAAAAGGAAGAACUUAAAGAGAGAAGAGCAGGAGAGUGCUGGCUGAAGCUGCAGAGGCGGAGAAAAGCAUCUGCUAUGAUUGUCGAGACUACGCCAGUCGCAAGAAGAGGAUAA